AGAAAAUGAUAGUGAAGAAAUUUUGUUGACUAAGUUUGUUCCUCACUUUGAAGCAGGUGUCGUGGCAGGCAAGAGGGACAUUUUAACACAUUAAUGAGAUAGUCAGCCAAUAAAUAACGACGAAGAGGAAUAUAGGGUGGGAUUUCAAGAAAGGACCUGUUCCUAUAUCCAAUCAUUCGUUAGAUGGGCGGCAAGAAACAUUCGGAGGGGGUGUGCCCGGACACUGAACAGUCGCUCCGUGCCGAAAUCAGCCAACAAUAAUGUCAGUCUCAGUUUAGCAAUCUAGACGAAGACAUAGGCGCAGUGGAAACUAACAAAUCCUAUCUUCAAAUAACUUUAUUUGCGUUGAUUACCAAGCCACAAGCAUAAGCACGACACCCGAGUGACAUACAUGUGACAAUCAGAAUUGCGCACUGGACACAGGCAAGCUGAGUUUUAUUACCGCGCGAAAAACGGGAUACUUUACUGGACAUGUAAGAAAAGGGAGUUACAAUCGUCGAUUCUUCUGAACAAAAUGAAGCUUUCCCGUUUUCUUCAUUGUCUUUUUAUCACUUCGUCUCUGAUUUGGCUGAGCGCUUCGCAGUCAGUAUGUCCUGGCACAGACAACAAACUGAGCACGCUGUCGGACCUGGACCAGCAGUAUCGAACCCUCCGCAAGCUCUACGAAAACUGUGAGGUGGUCAUGGGCAACCUUGAGAUCACCAGCAUCGAGCGCCAACGCAACCUAUCCUUCCUCAAGUCCAUUCGGGAGGUGACGGGCUACGUGCUGGUGGCGUUGAACCAGUUUGACUACCUGCCGCUGGAGAACCUGCGCAUCAUCCGAGGGACUAAACUCUACGAGGGCCGUUACGCUCUGGCCAUCUUUCUCAACUACCGGAGAGAUGGCAACUACGGCCUGAGACAACUAGGACUGCAGAACCUCACAGAAAUCCUGAAUGGAGGUGUGUAUGUGGACCAGAACCGGUUCCUGUGCCAUGCCGACAACAUCCACUGGCUAGACAUCAUCAAGAACCCCAAGGCAGAACUUUUGGUUGUGCCUUCCAAUAACAGUGGCAACACCUGUCGGAAAUGCCACAAAUCCUGCACUGGCCGUUGCUGGGGACACCAGGAGGACCAGUGCCAAACCUUGACGAAGACGGUGUGUGCGGAGCAGUGCGAUGGCCGCUGCUUUGGGUCCUUGGUCAGUCAGUGCUGCCACAGGGAGUGUGCGGGAGGCUGCUCAGGACCCAAGGAUACCGACUGCUUCGCUUGUACCAACUUUAAUGACAGUGGGGCCUGUGUCACCACGUGCCCCCAGCCGUUUGUGUACAACCCCACCUCCUUCCAGCUGGAGCAGAACCCCAAUGCCAAAUACACCUACGGGGCUUUCUGUGUCAAGAAGUGUCCACAUAACUUUGUGGUCGACCAAAGUGCCUGCGUGAGAGCCUGCCCGAGCAACAAGAUGGAGGUUGAAAGGAAUAACAUCAAAAUCUGCAUUCCUUGCACGGACAUCUGUCCCAAAGUGUGUGACGGCAUAGGCACUGGCAGCCUGCAGGCCGGUCAGACUGUUGACUCCAGCAACAUUGAGAAGUUUGUGAACUGCACCAAGAUCAAUGGCAACUUGAUCUUUCUAAUCACUGGAAUUAAAGGAGACAGUUACCAUAAUAUAGAGGCCUUGGAUCCAGAGCGCUUAAACGUGUUCCGCACCGUCAAGGAAAUCACAGGCUCUCUGAACAUCCAGUCCUGGCCGGAGAACAUGACCGACCUUAGUGUCUUCUCCAACCUCGCUACCAUUGGAGGCAGAUCCCUGUUCAGCGGCAUCUCUCUGCUGAUCCUGAAACAGCGCUGGAUCUCUGCGUUGCAGUUCCAGUCCCUGGGCGAGAUAAGCGCCGGUAACGUCUACAUCACCAACAACAGCCAGCUCUGCUUCUACAACACGGUCAACUGGACCCGCCUGUUCCGCGCCAGCAACCAGAAAGCCCUGACCCGCAGCAACCGAGACCCGAAAGACUGCUCACACGAGCGAAUGGUGUGUGAUCUGCUGUGUUCAGACAGUGGCUGCUGGGGCCCGGGGCCAGACCAGUGUCUCACCUGCCGUUACUUCAGCAGAGGACGCACCUGUGUGAGGUCGUGCAACCUCUACGAUGGUGAGGUGCGUGAGUUUGCCAACGGCACCGUUUGCCUGGAGUGCGACAGUCAGUGCGAAAAGGCCAUGGACAAGACUCUCACCUGCCACGGACCGGGCCCGGAUCAGUGUGUGAAGUGCCUCCAUCUCAAAGACGGACCCAACUGUGUGGAGAAAUGCCCCGAUGGCCUGCAGGGAGCCAACAGCUUCAUCUUCAAAUACGCCGAGGCCAACAACGAGUGCCAUCCGUGUCAUUCCAACUGCACUCAGGGGUGCACUGGACCUCGCAUCCAAGACUGUGUGGGGAUGAUAGACAGGACGCCCCUGAUUGCAGCCGGGGUGAUCGGAGGGCUGUUUGUGAUCGUGAUUGUGGCGCUCAGCGUGGCCGUCUACGUCAGACGCAAGAGCAUCAAGAAGAAGAGAGCCCUGCGACGCUUCCUUGAGACAGAGCUGGUGGAGCCUCUGACUCCUAGUGGAACGGCUCCUAACCAGGCCCAGCUGCGGAUCCUCAAGGAGACGGAGCUGAAGAAGGUGAAGAUCCUGGGCUCAGGAGCAUUCGGCACGGUCUAUAAGGGCAUCUGGGUGCCAGAGGGAGAGACGGUAAAGAUCCCCGUGGCCCUCAAGGUGCUUAACGAGACUACAGGACCCAAAGCCAACGUGGAGUUCAUGGACCAGGAGGCACUGAUCAUGGCCAGCAUGGAGCACCCUCACCUGGUGCGUCUACUGGGCGUGUGCCUGAGCCCAACCAUCCAGCUGGUCACCCAGCUCAUGCCGCACGGAUGCCUGCUGGACUACGUGCACGAGCACAAGGACAACAUCGGCUCCCAGCUGCUGCUCAACUGGUGUGUCCAGAUUGCCAAGGGCAUGAUGUAUCUUGAGGAGAGACGGCUGGUGCAUAGGGACCUGGCAGCCCGGAAUGUUCUGGUGAAAUCUCCCAAUCAUAUCAUGAUAACGGAUUUUGGGCUUGCUCGUCUUCUGGAUGCGGACGAGAAGGAGUACAAUGCAGAUGGAGGAAAGAUGCCGAUUAAGUGGAUGGCUUUGGAGUGUAUCCACUACCGGAAGUUUACCCAUCAGAGUGAUGUGUGGAGCUAUGGAGUGACUAUCUGGGAGCUGAUGACGUUCGGAGGAAAGCCAUAUGAUGGCAUCCCCACCCGUGAGAUCCCAGACAUUCUGGAGAAGGGGGAGCGUCUGCCUCAGCCUCCUAUCUGCACCAUAGACGUCUACAUGGUCAUGGUCAAAUGUUGGAUGAUUGACGCUGACAGCAGGCCCAAGUUUAAAGAGCUGGCUGCAGAGUUUUGCCGAAUGGCUCGGGACCCCCAGCGAUACCUUGUCAUCCAGGGAGAUGAUCGCAUGAAGCUUCCCAGUCCCAACGACAGCAAGUUCUUCCAGAGUCUUCUGGAUGAGGAGGACCUGGAUGACCUGAUGGAUGCUGAGGAGUACUUGGUCCCCCAUGCAUUCAACAUGCCCUCGUCCGCCUGCACAUCCAGGCUCCAUGUGGAUUCCAACAGGAAUCAGUUUGUGUACCGUGAGGGAAGCUUCGGCCCAGACGAGGGUUCUGGAGGCCACCACCAUGGAGUGGGAACCUCCAGCUGCAGUGGUGUGUCUGAGCCGUCCGGCACACAAGGGGGCGCUCUGGAGUACCUGGAGGACCAGCGGUGCAAUGGAAACCUCCAGAAGCAGCCCGUGGCCCGCGUGGUGGAAGACAGCAAUGGCCAGCGCUACAGUGCGGACCCCACCAUCUUCCUGGGCGAACGCGCAGCCCGGGGGGAAACGGACGAAGACGGCUACAUGACCCCAAUGAAGGACAAGAGCUCCACAGAGUAUCUGAAUCCAGUGGAAGAGAAUCCAUUUGUCACCCGCCGCAAAAAUGGAGAUAUUCACGCUCUGGACAACCCGGGGUACCACAGCACCCCCAACGGACCGCCCAAAGGAGAGGACGAAUACAUAAACGAGCCGCUGUACCUCAACACCUUCCACAACACUGGAGAGGUGAACCCAGAGCUCCUGAAGAAGAAUGGCAUCCCCAUUCCGCUAGCAGUGACCUCAGCGGCAGCUGUGGCCACAACCGUCGCCCACGUGCCCCACACCAGCCAGCCUGGCAACCCGCCCCACCAGGCCCCGACUCCACAUGUUCACUUCGUUCUUCCGCCAGGUCACAGCAUCCAGGCUGAGCUCCCAAGCCAAGUCGGGCAUCCCCCUCAUCCAGCACACGUGAUUCACGGCACAUUCCCUGGCAAGCCGAGUCACCUGGCCCAAACGGGCCACCCGGGCCAGUUGUGCCAUGCCGCCACCGGCGCAGGCCACCAUGUGCUGUCUGUCUCUGCAGGUCAGACGGCCAGCCAAGCGGCCCAACAAGCCCAGGCUGGCAAGCCGAUGGUCAUUGCCCAGGGCAGCCUGCCCGCUUUCACUGCCCACCUGAGGCAUCCCGGCAGCAUGUUGCAGGCUGGCCACACUGGCACCAUCAUGCUGGACAAGAAGUCCAAGAAGACCUUCGACAAUCCCGAGUACUGGCAGCACAGUCUCCCACCCAAGUCCACCCAGCAGAACCCAGACCCUACGCAGGUGGGGAACCCCAAGUUCUUCUACAAACAGAACGGGCGGAUCCGGCCAGCCGUGGCCGAGAACCCAGAGUACCUGUCCGAGUUUGCCCUCAAGCCGGGAACCGUGCUGCCACCCCCGCCGUACCGGCAGCGGAACACUGUAGUCUAGUCCUCUACCCCCCCCUACCUGGUCUCUUCUCCUUCACUCAAUCUCCAGAGCCUGGUUCCUCUUACCAGCACUCUAUCCUCCCACGCUUCCUCUCAAGUCUCCCUCAGAACUGGAAGGCACACACACACACACACACACACACACACACCCACGUACCUCAGAGGCAUGUGGCUUCUCUCUCCCAUUUGGACAGGCGAUGACACACCAAUCAAAUCCUGGUUGUUUCUGCGCACACCUCUCUGUCCCCGGAAUCGUCAUGGUGACCUUUCCCAAAUGAGUUGAUGCCCCUCCCUACACAUACACACACACACACACACACACGCACACACACACACAUGUGGCGUGCAGCUCUCCUCCCUCUCGUUUUCAGACAGACAGGUCUCGCCCCUGUGAGCAGGGCACAGCAGCUUCGUGAAAGGAACAAGAGCUUCAAAGCAAUAUGGAGUUGAGCCACCGUAAUUAGUGACAGUAAUCCACGCCGACACAGUGUGCACACAUCAAGGGUGACUCCACAGAACGUUCCGGAGAUUUGAAGUUGAAUGCGCUGACAGAUGGAAUUUAUACUGAGUAAAUAUUUACAUGCCCUUUUCCUGGGCAGCUAAUUAGAAUCCAGCAGUCUGACAAACAGUCAUACUCCACGAUGUUUCAGUAUUUAUACCAUUUUUUCCAUUAAGGUAUGGGUGGUAUCAAAGUCUGUGACGAAAGCACAGAGGCAUGGUAACAGGUGGAGAGACACAGUAUGUAGUCCCCUGUUACUAGCAUCUGUCUCCUUGCAGUGUGUCAGUCAUGUAAGCUCUCCAUACCUCAGACCCUGUAAGACCCAGGGUCAUGACGGGCUGUGGGAUCACAUGCAGUCACUCAUAACAUGUGUUUUUGUGUGUGGGCCCGUGGACAGCUAGUGGAAACCAUGAGUGGCCCACUGAAGGCUGAGACGCACUGAAUCCCUUCUGUACAACCAAGAUGGCCACUGACCACACAUAUAAAUGGUCAGUUCAGGAAUGAGAUGGCGGAAGACUCUAGGUCCCCCUAGACAGGACUGUGUCAGCCAGGGCAUAUCUUUCUUCAAAUGUUUUUUUUGCAUUGAGCCGUACCGAUGAAGGAAUCAAAGGGUUAUUUUAAUUUUAUUAUUUAAAUUUUAUUAUUUGUAUGUCCCAGCGUGUCUGUGUUGAUAGAUAUUUCCUCCCAUUUAUCUUUGUAGAAAUCAAAUUUAGGGAUAACACUGGCAUGCCUCAUGGUCUAUGUGGUACUGCCAUCCUGCUGCUAAGGAAAAACACCCUUCAGAGUGCAUUAGGGGCAUAUUACUGUUUUUUUUUCUACCUUUAUUUCUUUCAAGCACUUAUUUUGGUGGAGCCAGUAUAUGACUUAUCCUCCAGUAGAGCAGUUUGAUUUGACAUUACUGAUCAUUUUUUAGCCCUUCAAUGUAGGGCUCUGGGAAGAUAGUACUACUCAGUGUUGUCCUUGUAAGCAUUGGGAUUGCUAUUUGUACAACAUAUGGGCCUCAAUGUGUCUUUCCCUAAGUGAAGCACUUUUAUCAAACCAGAAAUAGUGGCUCAGCUGUACUGAAUAAAGAAACUGCAUGGGUGGCUUGGAUUGCUGGUGGGAACCACAACAUGAGUAAUUAUAUUUGUACAGGAGUGGCCAAUCUCUUUGCAUUAAAACUUUGAUCUCCCCAUUUUCCCCAUUUUGCACAUACAGUAAAGAGAUACAAAUAAUGGAAAGAUAUGCACUUUUUUCAAGUAAGGGGGAGCACAUAUCAGCCGUCUUGUGUUUCUGUCCACGGCCAUAUCAAGAGCAGUCUGUCAACCUCAUCUGUAGAGGUUUGCCUGUCUGCACAAAUCUUUUGUUGCAGCUGGAGACAGGCUGUUCUUGGCUCAAAAUGGAUAUUUUUGUAAAGAAUGAUCAGAGGACGGCCCGUUUGGUGGAGUUGAGGGUUGAUGUCUAGUUGCAUGAUCAAGGAAGCGGAGGACACUAAGGGAGAACCACUCAAUAUAUCCACACUCUUUUGUUCUUUAACUUAAACUUCUUCAUUCAUUUUUACAAAGUGUUCGUCUCUGUGAGGAGUGAAGAUUCUCUUUCAUCCCCCCUUUUUGGACACAUCUCUGCUGGAUAUUUAAAAAGUGUUUUGAAAGAAUUUUGAUACCAGUGUAAAAUAUUUAUAAUAACUUGAUUUUUAAUCCAAGUAUGUACAAAAAUAACUUAGAUUCCCAAUUCAAAAAAAAGUAAAUUAGAUUUAUGUAUGCUGCAUCAGCCAAGUGCUGCUUGCUGUUAAUUAUUUUUCCUGUGAAAUACAAAUAUUUGUUGACUGCCAUUCAUUCAUACAUUUUACACUUUACAUUAAAGUCCCCUUAACUAACAUUAGGUUAGUCAUCAAUGUGAGUAUCCGUAAACAUUAAGUUAAAUGCAGAAGUUUAAGGUUUGUUUGUGUUAACUAGUGCAUUGUAUUUUAUGCAUUAGGCUACUUAACAUAUACAAAUCUUGAUUUGUUAGUAAUAUUAUUAAUUCUUUAUAAAUUCUUUAUUGACUUCAGUGAAAAAUCAAUGUUAGUUAAGUGAUCCUUAAUGUACAGGGUUGCCAUUUUACCCUUGUGUGCUUACGUGUUCUUUACAUUUUACCUCAUGUGUGUAGCAUCAUUACCACUGACUCACUGAGUUGAAAAUACUAUACUACUUACAAACUACAACAAAACUACUUACUAAAUACUACAACUACGUUGAACUACAACGUCACAGACGUUACAGACAACCAUGAGUCAUCAUAGCAGAUACUUUUGUGUGUAUUUAAACCCUUAUAAAGUUGAAGUGGGUCCCUGGUUUACUAGAACACUCUCUUUCCCCUGCAUUUAUGUUUCAAACUGAUAGAUAAAUAAAUGGAUGGGAAUAAGAGUGUGAUAUCUAGCAAGUUUAUAACACCAUUGUGUGACUGUGUGUGUCAUUAGCUAGCAGUUUCAUCCAAAAUAACUUCAGAAUAUGGUCACUGGGUAAUGAAUCCAUGACACUGACAUUGCUAGUGUGACCCUAGUUGAAGACUGUCAUAAACAACAUUAAAAAAUACAGAAUUAACUCAUUCUUGCUCUCUGCAAUUAUUUUUGCCUCAUAGUUUGCUACUUCCCUAGGAUCAGCUAUGAGUCAGGACAGAUGGUCCCCCCUUAUGAGCUGGGUUCUGCUCAAGGUUUCUUCCUGUUAAAAGGGAGAUUUCCUUUGCCACCAUCACCUUAGUGCAGGCUCUAGGGGGUUAAAGCUCUGGCCUCUGUAAAAUGCCUUGAGACAAUUUCAAUUGUUAUUGGAGCUAUAUAAACACAAUUACAUUUAUUUGAAUUUUGGACAUUUGACAACAUGAACAUGUAACCAUCACCAUAAAUAAACAGCAAAUAUCGACUUGUGAAUUCCUGAUUAAAAAGGCGUUGGCACAAGAAGACAGUGUACAAAUCUAUUUAUACUAAUACAUGAAGGAUGAUUUUAUGGACUUAAUGUCAUUUUAUACUUUUCUCACUCUUGCCAUCUGGUGUUUUUUUUUUGUUUGUUUUUUUUUGCUUAUUUUGCUGUGGAUUUCUUUUUAAUUUGUUUGUUUGUUUUUCUUAUUCCGAAACAACAUAACAUCAAAUCUCAAAUCUAACAGUCUUGACCACUGACCAGUUUGCACGCACUACUGUUGGAGAGAUCCCUGUAUUUAUACUGAGCCAACACUGAAGGGGCAUUCAAACAAGUGGGUCCUCGGAAUCAUGACUGUACGUUCUCUGAGAAAAUGUGAAUAGUAUUUUUAUAGAGCACUGGAGGACUUUACAGUAUGUGGUGAAACUGUAAAUAUGGGGAAAAUUAGCUUUCCUUAUUUUGUUAUUUUUUUAUUUUGUUCACUUCUUUCUUUUAAUUUCUUUAAUUGUACUAUUUAUUUUAUUUUAUUCUUAUUUUUGUACUUGAUUUUUAUGUUAAACAUAGUAAUUGUCUGUGGUAGUGACCAGACAUAGUACUUGUAUUGUAUAUAAACUGUGCUGUGUGUGCAUUCUUGAUGGUGAUUUUUUGAUUUGAUGAGUUCAUGUUUGCCACUUACCCCUGAAGUUCUCUUUUCUUUCCUUCUUCCUUUUGUUUCUGUGUGAGAUUUGUAUCCAGCACUGCUCUGUGGAGUUUUGUAUCUUCGUUCUUGACGCUUUAAACUUUUAGCUGUGCCGUUCUCCAACUCCACCACCCCCCCCCCCCCCCCCCCCCCUCUCCCUUUAAUUAGAUCUCCCGCAAUGUAAAUACCCCAGCUGUGGAGAACCUCUCGCAAAAUUAUGAGCUUAGUACACCAACCACUCUCUCCCUCUCCCUUUUGAACCAAAUCCUUUGUGCUCAGUGUCUUUUUGUUUUGGAGAUGCAUUUGUAAGCACCCCUAUCUGUGUGUGUUAGCAUUUAAUUUAAAACUCAACCAGAAUUAAAAACUGCAUAUAUAUAUUAUCAAUGUUGGUACGAAUCUACCUGAAAUGAACAACAGUCCAUUAUAAUUUACCCUGUGUGAUCUCAGUAAUGAUUUUUUCUAACUUACAGUUUAUUCAUUCAUACACCAACAUGUUAUCCUAAAAAAAAGGAUAUUUACAGUCUUUUUAAACUCUGCCAAGGUCUGUGCAACUUAUGCUUGAACUGAGUUUGAUUUUUUUUACUAUUAUCAUUAUUUAGCUCUUUUAUCAACGUUGCAUAAACAGUACAGACAGAGAAGUUGCUACGGUUACUAGUUCACACCAUUCCUCCUCCCUCCUCGGUUUCCUGGUUUGUUGUUGGCCACAGUGGCUGUAUCUCUCCACUGUACUUUUUACCAUGCCCCAGGCUUUAUAUCAUUGAAAUACUUUUCCUCAUAUUUCUUACAUGAAUCUGUCAGAAAGUAUAUUUUUAAUUUAAUAUAAAUAAAGAUCAAUUCAAUAUUUGAGUG